AGGAAAUGAGGGCUAAUGCAGAACCAGAUGGCUUUCACUCCUUUUUCCUCUUCGUCAUUGAGGGGUGGGGGGGUUGUUAAAGCUUCAAACUGACAUAUUUUCACCACAACUUCCCUCGUCUGCCUAUGAUGCGCUUUUUUCUUUUUUUUACAUCUAUUUACUAAAAGUCCCCAUUGGAGGUGCACGUCCAGUGAGGUUAUACAAAGAUUGAGGAAAGGCUGAGUUAUAGAUGAAAAUGAAGAUGAUGGCGUGCUUCCCCUUUUCUCUUUUUUCUCUUUGGAUCAGUUUUGGCAGUGCUGAUGCUCAAAACCUGACAGCCCCUGAGAUAUGCUACAUCUUGGAUGCCAUUCUGUUUGUUUAUGGGAUUACUCUCACUGUCCUUUACUGCAGAAUGAAGCUACAGAGAAAAGCUGAGAAUAACCCACACACAGGGAAGAAAGAUGUCGGUGAAGGGGUUUAUGAGGGUCUCAAGCCCCAUGAUCAGGACACUUAUGAGACCAUCAAAAUGCAAAAAGGAAAAAAAUAAGAUGAAGAAAGAUCCAAACAUUUUGGAGAUUGUGCCAUUAUCCACUGUCAUUCUGUCUUAAGCUUGCAGAUAUUAUAAAUUAGCAACUUAUUACAAAGGAACUAUUGUGUUUUUUGUUGUUUACUGUAAAAACUUUUGGUAAUCGCUCAUGUUUGGCUCGGUUUCUUUGCGAUAUUAUCAAGUAAUCAAACAGAAUGUACAGUAGAAGCUGAUUAACAAAUCGUUAAAUGUUGUUUCUGUGAGAUUUUUCUACUAGUUUAAUUAUUUAAAUUAUGUAAAAAAAAACAUUUUGUAAUGAAUGUAUUUUUCUGUUAGCCUUCUGUUAAACAAACCUUCUGAUAUUGUAGGUGGUAACAACUGUAAACCCUAAUGUUCAAAAUAAUAAAUCAUUUUGAGUUAGGAAAAAUGGAAUCAUACAAAUUAGUUUAAAUAAAUGAACCUUGAUGAGUAUUUAGAACUUUCUCUUUCUUUUGAGUUCACAACCC